AUGGCCGACGCGGGAACCAACGAGUCUCAGAGACCCAAGUCUCUCCAGACCACCAAGACACCUGAGCCGCGAUUGGAUCAACAAGUGACCAACGGCCAGAACGACAGCAAUACUCCUAGCACGCCAGGUGCUUUCCCGUCCUUCGACUGGGAAGAGUUCGAAGCUCGGUAUGAGAAGGCCCUUGUGGAGGCCGACGAGAAGGAGAGAGAGCUCUUGCUCGAAUUCGACAGUCUCGUAAAGUACUUCAACGUCUGGGCCUCCACUUCAAGUGCUCAUGACAAUGAACGCGCAGUCAAGCGCCUUCACACGAGGCAGAGAUAUGUCAACUUGGCGGAGCAGAACAUGGCUCGAAAGGAGGAACACAUGACGGAAGUGCUCCGCGCGUUUCAAAGCGCCCUUGCCCUGCUGAGCCGGUCUUAG